UCCUUUCACACACCCACCCUUUCCUCAUGUCCUCUCCUCUUCUAGCCCCCUUCGUUUAGAAAUUGAGAUAGAUCUGCACAAAUAGACCACGACGACGUUGCCUCCAUGGUCACUAAUGCGUUCUCCAUCAGGGGUUAUGUGGCGAGCAUGAGGGGUGAGGCAACCGUGGAAGGGCGAUGUCCUUUGGUAAUUCCAGAUCUGUCGCCUAUGAAGUCUCCGAGGUCCUCGUGGUGGGAAGACGAGCUCGCCUCCGCCAUGGCUACUGUUGCUGUCGUGGGGGCUGCGCCCGUGAGGGCACGAGAGAGGGAAAAUCCACAAAAUAAGAGAUCCAUGUCUGACAUGUGCUCCACGGAACCAUACUUGAAAUCCCCCCCCCACCGGUGAUACUGAAUGCAAUGAGAAAAUAGAGGUGGACGGAGAUGAGGCUCUGUGUAUGAUCAUGAGUCGGGUCAAAGAAGACAAGAAGCGAAAGAAAAGACUACAGGAGGUGCAGGCGGCAUCGACUGCCACACUCGAGGGUAGUAGAGGGCAAGUGCACAAGGGAAAUUUCUCGGCAAUAAAGGAAGUACUUGAAAAUCCAAUAUUUCCUAAUGAACUAGAUACUCAUCCAUCAGAGAAAAAUGAGUCUUUACAACAUCAGAGGAAAGAGAGAGAAACCAUAUCUAGGAAAAGGAAGCAGGGGAAGAUGAAUAAUACUAAGAAGAAGAAGGUGGAUGCACAAAAUUUUAUUAACAAUGAUAAAUCAGACAAAGUGGGAAAACCAAGAGAUCUGGGAAAAUAUCUACCUCGACGUGGUAUUCUAAAGUACACGAAGCACACAUCUAUGAAACUUGCCAAGGAGAAGCAUGUCAAUUCAAAAUACAAAGAAGUAACAGAACUCUACCACAACUUAGUAAAGCGUGUCAAAGUCUCGGAAGGAAAUGGUGUAAUUUGCACUAAGAUGCCAAGACAUGAGCUAUCCAAACAAGGAAGUCUUGGUAAGCUCUCCUUGGAUGCUAUGGCUUCUUCUUCCUCAUCAUAUGGGUCUAUAGAAGAAGACAAAUGCAUGAUGACCGGUAGAAGUACUACUAAUAUUCCCAAGGAAGCCUUCACUAAGACUGAAGAAGCAAAUAAGCAUUGUGAUCAUGAGUACUCUACCAAGCCUAGUAACGAAGAGAUGUCUGCUAUGAUUGAUCUAAGUAUUGCAUUACCAGAAUGGACUGGUUUUGACUACAGAGAAAACUGGAGCCAACCACUAGCUGCUGACUUGGAAAAUGCAAUGAAUUCAAGUUCAAUAGGCACAUGUUUGCAUGAUGAGGCAAUCAAAGUUCCUCACACUAAUGUUGUUAUUCCUACAUUGAGUUUAAGCGAACUCAGUAAGAUUGAUCAUGGUUGCAGUAAUGUUUUAGUUAAAGAAACCAUGAAUAAGAGGUGCUUCUCCACCAAUAUGAAUCAUGGUGGCUCUAAGUUGAACUUGCAAGAGGGUAGUCCUUCUACACAACAAACAAUGCGUUUUAUGGGUAAUGAUCUUGUAGUUUGCAAGACCAGAGGUGAAUCAUUUGCUAAAACUACACACAAGGAUGAAGUAAAUUUGACCAAUACAACUCAAGAUUCAACAUUUCAUUUUGGAUACAAGACUCCAAAUGUUGGUAGUCAGUUUGUACCAGUAUCUAAUGAACUUCCUGGAGAUGGAUUGCUAUAUGAAAACAGAUCCUAUUGUUGGGGCCGAGGAAAAGAAAAUUGCCCUCAAGGAGGAGAGAUUGAGGAUCGCUGCCAUGACGGGGAAGAAGAAGAGUAAGGAGCGAGAGCUAGCACUCAUGCUCACGAAUGCUUCAAUACUGCUUGAGACACAAAACAAUAUUGGGAGAAAGCUCAUCGUGAGAUCUUAUGAGGACCAAAACAAUCAUCAACCUCAAGAUCAAAUGUACAUGGGAACUGGAAGUAGUAAUGCGGGUGAUUGAUCUAUUCUCAAUGUUGCCUCUAGGUUCUUUUAGAUGAACUUUGCUUUAUGUUAUUUCUACCAUAUGAACUGCACUAUUGCUUUCGGUACGAUCUGUUAACUUGUCUGUCUUGAAUUGAAUUUCACAUAUU